AUGUCAGCCGCAGCAAAAAGGGUGGCCGCUUCGUCCCUCAACUGGGCAAAGGUCGGCGAGAAGCUAACUUCCGUCCAUGCCAGCGAUCUUGGAAGACUGAGGGGACAGAACUCGACUUUCACCGCUCAAGUCGACCAACUUCCCGCCGAUCUGCCAAAGGUUGACUUUGCUGCUUUGAAGAAAGCUCUUCCCACCCAUGCGGCCACGAUCGACUCUCUUCAGAAACAAUACGAGGCUGUGAAGAUUCCUUAUGGAGAAGUACCCAAGGAGUACCUUGAUGAAAUCAAGCAAUGGCAAGAGUACAACGAGACCAGGAUCCGAUUGCAUGAGAUGAAAGUGGCCGAUGGACUUGAGCAGGCCAAGAAGGUUGAGGCUAAAUGGAAGUCGGCUCCACCAGUUGAGCAUUUCGAUCGUCAACAUUUUGCCGAGUACUUCCCGCAGCACUUCUAUGAUCUUCGUUACCAGGAACGUAUUCCUGAUCCAUGCAGCAUUGGACUCAACGAGACCGAUGCUUUCCAACAACGUUUCUCCGAUUACAAGGUUCUCCGUCGUCCCGACAAAGUUGAUGACCAC